AUGACAAAUUCAAUGUCCAAUUGUUUAAAACGAUUGAAAUCAAGAGAAAUUCAUUGUUAUAAGCGUAAAGCUACAGUUAAAACAGCACAACUCACUAAUAAAGUGAUUGUCAAAGAGUCUAUAGAAUAUUCUGUGGAUAAAUUAACUUGUAAAUUUAAUAAUACCAAUAAUAAUAGUAAUAAUAAUAAUAACAAUGAAAGGAUUUUAAUAUCAGUACAUCCACUGCCAACACGAAAUCUUAGACAUACUUACUCAAAGCAAAACAAGAAUACCCUGCAGUCAGUUGAUAAUAUUUCCACUGUAUCGGACAAUCCAACUGCUGCUCAGCCAAAUUUACAGACAGUACUGAAGAAACAACCAACAAAACGAUGCCUGAUACUUGACAGUCAACAUGAACAACUUUGGCAACAGUCGGAAACUUUUGAAAAUCCUUCAAAUAACAGUGAAAAUGAUAAAGAGAAUAUGAAUAAUAAUAAUAACAAUUCACGACGUCCUAUUGGUGAUGGUAGUAUGUGUCGACUGACAAAACCACGAGGAUUAAGACAUUCAAAUAGAAAUGAUACAACUGAUUCCUUGCAAAGCUCGAAUACAGAUAACUCAAAAUCAUCAGUCAGUAAUCACAUUAUAAGAUAUAGACAAUUUCACAAACCUUCAUUAAUUGAAAUAAACACCAAUACGUUCAGUGAGCAUGAGCAUAACUAUUUAUCUCUGAUCAAUGAAUUUCGACGUAAACCAGCUGAUAUUUGUUACACUAACACCAAUUUCAUUACAAGAAGAUUAUUUAUUACAGAGAGUACAAAACUUAUGACCGCCUUAUUCUUCAAUGAAUUACCAGGAGAUUUAGCGGGAGGCGGAGACGGACGAGGGCAAGAAAAAGGCAUAAAAAUUGAUAUUUUUCCAAAAAAUCCAGCAAAAAAUGAUUUUUUAUUCAUGAGAAGACAACGUCAUAGUGCUGUUGGCGGUUUUGAUUACUAUGGAGGAGGAGGAGGAGAAUGUGGUUGCCAUCAACAAUUUACACUUUCUUUGCCAAGAUCUCCAAUCGACGAUUUAAAUGUCGGUGAAUUUCAUGUGAAUCAUGGACGUAUUUUUCGUUAUUUAUUCACACAAGAUUUAAAAUCAAGACCAUAUUAUCAAGUGAACUUUUUAGAACGUCUCGGCUUAUCAGAUACACUCAGAUCAACUCUAUGUGAUUGGAUGAUCAAGGUACAACAUUAUUUGCAUCUACGUACGGAAUCUCUUCAUCUAGCUGUUAAUCUAGUUGAUCAGUAUACAUGGAGACAGAAUAGUUUGGAGGCAACAGAAUAUCAACUGUUUGGAAUUACAGCAAUAUUUAUUGCAGCUAAAUUUGUUGAACGGUUUCCACCUUCGACAAAAACACUGUGCUAUUUAACUGAGGAUACAUACAAUGCUAAACAGCUGUUACGGUGUGAAUGUGAAAUGUUACAAGCACUGGACUUUGAAAUAAAUAUACCUUUACCACAUCAUUUUUUGGAUAGAGGAAUUCUAGCGUGUGCUGAUUUAACAGUUGAUGGGAAAACUAAGGUGGAAUUGAUAUGUCGUUAUCUCUUUGAAUUAAUUCUAACUGAAUCAUCAACAGUCGGAAUUUCAGCUAUUGUUAAGUGUGCAGCUGGUCUUUACCUAUCUCGUGAACUUUUACGCUUGAAAUGUGAACGUGAUACAAGCAGAAGGGAUGAAAAUCCACUUCAUGAAAAUGAUAACAACAUUUUACUUGAUCCAUCAAAAAAAUUUGAAACAUGGCCAGAAUCAAUUGGAGAAAGUAUGGGACAAGAAAGUUUAGUCAGACUAUUGCCAAUGGUACUGAUUUAUGUUCAAAGAUUAAUCAAAUUUCUACCGAAUUCAAAUAUAGAAGAAGUAGAAUAUGCGGGUGCUUUUCAUAAAUUCAGUAAUCGAAGUUACGGUAAAAUCGCUCUUUCCGAUAUAAUACUGGAAGCUGAUUAUGAUCUGAUUGUACGUGAUAUUGAUGAAAAGUUGACAAUCAAUUCUGAUUCUAGUCUAUAA